AGCAGUGUUUUCAUUUCUUCAGGAAAAAUAUGCUACCUCUAAGCCUAACUUCAUCGAUAUGCCUAAAUAUAUAUUUUUUUAUAUGGGGAGAAAGCGUGCAAGGUAAUUGCAUACAGUUUUCUACCACAGAUUCUUCAGCCGUCAACAUUCUUGAAGAAUUAUCCAAUACAGGAAGCAAAAGUAGCCCUAAUGAUACUGAACAUAAUGAAAAUUGUGGUGAAUCAUGUGCAGUUCAAACUAAAAUUACACGAGAAGAAAAACAUUUUAUGUGUAGGAAUUUGCAGAGCUCCAUUGCUUCCUAUACAAGAAACACCAAAAAACUGCUCAGAAACAUGAUGGAUGAACAACAAGCUUCUUUGGAUUAUCUAUCUAAUCAGGUGAAUGAGCUUAUGAAUAGAAUCCUUCUUUUGAAUACAGAAGUUUUCAGAAAAUAUUUGGAUCCCUUUCCUCAUAGACCAGUUCAGGCACAUGGUUUGGAUUGUACUGAUAUUAAAGAUACAAUUGGCACUGUAACAAAAACUCCAAGUGGUUUAUACAUAAUACACCCAGAAGGUUCCAGUUACCCUUUUGAGGUAAUGUGUGACAUGGAUUACAGAGGAGGUGGAUGGACCAUGAUACAGAAAAGGAUCAAUGGAGUAAUUGAUUUCCAAAGGCUCUGGUGUGAUUAUCUGGAUGGAUUUGGUGAUCUCUUAGGAGAAUUUUGGCUAGGAUUAAAAAAAAUAUUUUACAUUGUAAAUCAGAAAAACACCAGCUUUCUGCUACUUGUGACACUGGAAUCUGAAGACAAGACAUCUGCUUAUGCAUCAUAUGAAAACUUUUGGAUAGAAGAUGAAACAAACUUUUUUAAGAUACACUUAGGACGUUAUUCAGGAAAUGCAGGUGAUGCAUUCCGUGGCCUCAGAAAGGAAGAUAAUCAAAAUGCAGUGCCUUUCAGUACCUCUGAUGUUGACAAUGAUGGGUGUCGUCCAGCAUGCGUGAUUGAUGGUCAGUCAGUCAAGAGCUGUAGUCACUUCAAUAAUAAUACUGGUUGGUGGUUCAAUCAAUGUGGCUUAGCAAAUCUUAAUGGUGUUCAUCAGUACCCGGGAAAGUUGCUCUCAUCUGGAAUUCAUUGGGGUACAUGGGUUAAAAACAGGUCACGGGUCAGAAUCAAAUCUGUUUCAAUGAAAAUACGAAGAACUUACAAUCCACUUUUCAAAUAAUUAGCCAUAAAACAAUAAUAUAUUAGUUAUUCUAGUUAUUCUGGAUAAAGUAUAAAUACUAUGCUAUUAAAAUGUCUGCCGUUCAUCCAAAAAUUAUAAUAGCUUACAUUUAUAUAGUAUUUUAUGACAUAAAAGUGCUUUUCCUAAAAAUAACCCUGAGAGUUAGGUUGUGCAAGUAUUAUACCCAUUUUAUGAAAAGGAAACCAGAGCUCAAAGAGAUUAAGUGACUUAUCCAAGGUCACUUAGCUAGUUAAGUAUUAUAGUGGGGACUUGAAGAGAGGUCUCCUAACACCAAAUCCAAGGUCUUCAAUUAUGUUAUGUUAUAUUAGCUAAUGUCUAACUAUAUGUGGAAUCUGUUUCUUCUGGAUUCAAUUCUAGUCCUGUGUCUCAAUUUUUAUAAAGCAAAAGUUUAGCCUAAUAUAUGACAAACUAGUAGAAGCAUUAUCAAUAUGCAAUUAAUUCCUUAUAAAAUAAGGUUGUUCAUCCUCCAACCAGCUUAUUGGAUCCAGUUAAUUUCUGGGUUUUCUCACUUUGAUCCUCCAUAAGACUAUUUUCAAAAUCAUCUACAUCUUCAAAAUAACAUUGAAGGGGAAAUCAUGCUUCUUUUUUUCUUAGUGUUUAGUAUAUAGCCAUACACAAAUGAACACAUAAAUUACACGGAAAUAUAUAUUGAAUGAUUAAACAAAUGUUUAAAAUACUUGAAAGCAAAAUUUUCGAGUACCCAAAAGGACUUUAUAGGGGUCCAUUUAUAUAAAAAUGAUACAUGAAUUAGAAAUCUAUAUUGUUCAUUCUGAAGGACUGUAUUUUAAAAGACCUCUAUUAGGUGAUAGUUGGAAUCUUGUUAACCUACUUUCAAUAGCUGGAAAUAAUUGAAUUGUGUUUCUUUAAAAAGUAUUCUUCAGUUUACUCUCUUUACUAAUCCAGCCUAAUUUUUCCACCCUCCAUGUAAGUAAAAAAUAUUGAGCUUAUGCAUAUACAUAUGCAUUCAGAUAUUAUGAUUAUGGAAAAUUGUAAUUUUGAGUAGGUGUUUUCUGUGGCACUGAAACAGAGUGAAUUGAAAUAACAAAAUUAUCCUACUUAUCUUUAUGCUUAUCCUCUUCUACAAAUGAUCAAACAGACAGGAGACUUCCAUCGAGGAACUCCUGAGGAGUAACUUCUGUGCAAAUUAAUACCUUAAGGAACACGUUUGAACACUGAGACUUGGU